CCCAGGAGAAAAAUCCUGGGUGAAGGGAUUUUUUUCAGAGAAUGUGAAUGCCACACGUGAUGAGGAGACACCACUUCCUUCUCCUCCAGCCUUUUCUUCCUCCUCGGAGCAGAAAAACAUGGGGUGCCUUUGUAAAGCCAUCAUUAACCCCACCUCAUUCCUGUGAUACACGAGAGAAUUGGUUCUAUGAUGAAACUUCACAAAACUGCUGUUACCAGUGUCCCUCAGGCUAUGUUAAAAAGAAAGCAUGUCCUCGGGAUCCAGCUGAAGACUGCAUGACAUGUGGGCCUAAUGAGUAUUUGAGCAAUGAAUCCCAAAAGCCACGAUGUGAUGCCUGUGUGUCAUGCUUAAAAGAGCUGGACCUGGUGGAGAAGCAGCCCUGCUCCCUCAGCUCCGGCCGCGUGUGCGAGUGCCGCCCGGGGCUCUUCUGCCGGCUCCCCGUGCUCAACAGCUGCUCACGCUGCCAGCACCACUCUGCUUGCAAGCCUGGCUUUGGAGUCAAAAUCAGGGGCACCGCAAAGAAUGAUGUCGCGUGUGAAGAGUGCCCUCCUGGGACCUUCUCUGAUCAAAGCUCCAGCACAGACAUCUGCAAACCCCACACCAACUGUGCCAAGCUGAACAAAGUAACGCUAAGGAAAGGAAAUGCUACUCACGAUCAAGUUUGCCUGGACCAGUUGCCCACGUACCUCACCCCAAGCACUUUGUCCAUGAGAUUCAGCAACGAAACAAAUAACUUUGACCUGAGGAUGUUUAAGGAGAGCCUGGUGACCUUGGCUAGUGGUGAUCCUCUAAGUGUCACAACAGCUGAAAAUCCCAGUUCAACUCCUGAGGAGAAAGCUCAGGCUGGCACUUCUCCCACCUCAGCCAAGGGGAAGAUGACAAUAGGAGGUGUGGUGCUCUGGGCAGUGGUUCUCUCCGUGGCUGUGCUCCUUGGGGCCAUGCUGGCGUUUUGGAAAUGGAAGGUUUGCAAGAAGAGGAUCCUGGUGCUCAGAAGGAAGCCACACCUGCAGGCGGUCAUCGCACACAAAUACGUGCUCAAACCUCAAGGUUCGGAUCUUGUGAACAAAUGUGCAGUAAGUGUGAGCAAUAUUCCAAAACAGAUCACUUCCCAUGCCAAAAAGAUCAAACUGACCACUGACACUGGGCUAGAAGAGGAGGAGUUAAUUGACAGAGCCCUUCCUUUGGAAACCAACAAUAACUUGGUGUCCAGCUCAGAAAAAGCCCCGAGUCCUCCUCGGAGUGUGACUGAUGUGGCUCCAAGCAGUGGGAAUGCCCCAGAUUGCCCUGUGGAUUCUCGAGUCAGGGACCACACAAACAACAGAAUUGAAAAACUCUACAUCAUGAAGGCCGACACUGUCAUCGUGGGGACUGUUUCAGAAGUGCCCAGUGGCAAGAACUGUGCUGUUAAAGGGUGUGACAGUAACCUCGAUGCCCAGGAAAGCAAGGAAGAGGAGCUGGAAAUGCACUACCCAGAGCAGGAGACAGAGUCUUUUCCAGGGAAUGAUGUGAUGGUGCCUGUGGAAGAGGAGGGAAAGGAAUUUCACCACCCUACCACUGCCACUGAGAAGUGACAGCCCACAGAGACAGCGUGGAGAUAGAGAAGCACCAGCGUGACACUAAGGCAGAAUUUAGGACAAGGGAGGUAAAACACACCGUGCCUUAGAUUAUUGGGAACCUCCUGGAAAACACUGAAACACUCAAACAAGGAGUUAGCACCUCUUUCAUCUCACAGAGGAGAGGAUCACCCAAACUGUUGGCCUUCAGAGCUGACACCAAAUACUUCUAUUUCCCUGUCUCCCAGUGUCAUACUGACAACAAAUUUGAAUCAAAGCUGCACGAUUUAGAGGACAUCUGGAUGUCAGCUGAAGUUUCAGAGCUUGCUUUCUCAGUGUGAAGGAAUGGAUUGAAAUCUAUGUCUGGUUACUUCUAUUAGCUGUGAAAAUUCUGGCCAGGAUUCUGAGUCAAGUUUGAGACUCAGCCAUGUUGUUUCUACUCCAAUACAUUCAAUUUGGUAAUAUAUUUUGCAACAUCUGGCAUUUACUCAAGGCUUCAACUUUUGAUUGAAAAUGAUAAUAAUCUCCAUUUUCCUUAGCAUAAACAUAACUCUCAAGUUUGUGGAUUUCAUGUUUCUUGAGGAAUUAGGAUCAAAAGGUGCCACACAGGCUUUGAAAAUAGAAGGCAAAUAAAACUAAUUGACAUCCACUGUACUUUAGGCCAUUCUUUCUAGGUUUUGAAGUCAAAUUAAUAUUUUUUUGACUACAUCAAAUCAUUAGUAAGUGUACAAAACAGCCUCUUCUGAUGGAAGCCAAACUGGCUGAGCAUCUGGCUAUUGGAUGAAGUAUGGGUUAAGCCUGUAAAAAGAGAAAUGAAGAAAAGAAACUAUUUCUCUACUGAAAAAGAGGCACAGCAGUUAUUUCCUAUAACACUGUUAAUAUCUGCUUGUUUUAGAAUCGUUCAUAAUCAUAGGGUGACACUGAUUUGCAUAUCCUUUAAAAACAAACCUGUUUGGUGGCCAACUGCCCUGUGUUAUGCUAUUUUUAAAUCUUUUGUGCUGCUUGUUCAGUAACUGUAAAUGUAAUAGUGCUGACUACACUGUUACACAGGACAGUGGAAAAUGAGCACUAUGACAAAGUGUGUCUUAAUAAUCAAAAAAAGGAACCACAAAACCCAUUACUUGCUUUGUAGCUUUGUCCUGAGCAGAGCACUGUAAUAACAGUGGUGCACCUGCAGCAACUUCUGUCUUAGAGAGAUCACAAGGGCACAAAAACCCCUUCUUGGGCCAGAGUUUGAGCCCAACAUUUCACCUCUGACACUUGCAGGAAGGGAUUAGUUAGGAAAACCACAACUGCUGUUUGCAUUGAUCAUAGUUCUGCAGUUGCAGCUGCCAUUGGGUUAAGGAUGUCAAAGAGUUUCAUUCAUCCUUUAUUGUUCUCUUACAUCAUCACCAUUAGUUUUUCUUCUCUCUUGAAUUUUCAAGCACAAUGUGCCUCCAUAAGCAGCUGUGGCCAAAGAUUACAGAUAUCAUGCACUGUGUAAAGGACUUUUAGCACUUUGAAACUGCCCUCUUCAUUCCAGUGAGUGUCACUAGCUGUUGCCUUACAGAAGUCAGUGAGUUGCUUUUUAUUUUUUUCCUUUUCCACCAAGUUGCUUUUGUGAUUGAUUGUAUCUCAGCUUUGAUUGCACUAAGCCUCCAGGUUGAGUCCCACCUUUUCACAUUACUCGUGUAAGUUUGAUGCUCCACUGGCUUGGUCAAUUUAGUUGACCUUUUCCACAUCUACUUUAACUUCACUACAUACUUCAUUUUAGAGAACACCAGUUCAUGGAUCCACAAACUGAAUAACCACAUUCACCUGGCUGUGAUUGUUCAGGGCUGUUCUGCAAUGACUGUAAUUGUGUAUUUCCACUCUGUUAUUAAUUAAUCUUUUUUACUGGAACAGCUUCUAAAAGAACCAUAUGCACUGCAACCUGCUGGACGUGUUAUAGUUAAUUGGUUUAAUAAUGCUGGUAAUCUCCGAAUUAAAAAUUACACGGGUUUUAAGCCAUGGCCACA